UCCUGCUAACCGCAUUGUCAUGGGUGCAUCGUCUCUACGUUGGUAUUUAGCCCCUUCCCUCGAAGAGAAAGACGUACCACAUACGCUUGUGGGUAGUAAAAGGAACAUACAACAGCGCCGAAUCUCAGGACUAGCGUCAGAUAGCUGACGUCAGGGCACUUUGACUGGGCGACAUUGCCUGAUUUGUCUCCGUCGCUCACCCGCAGCGCUCGGUGUUCAGUCGCUCCUCAACGUCGCCGGCGGGCUCGAGGGACGAUUUCCUUCCUCUCCUCAUGGCGUCUCCCUCGACCUCCUCCCAACCCGUGCUAUCUGAACGGAGUGACGUCCACAAAUCUUGCAAGACUCUCGAGACGCUGCUCAACCUCCUCAAUGAUUACUGCGAAGCGGCGGGCGCCGUAGUGAUGCUGCAGAAGAAGCUGGCGAAGGCUCUGAAGGAGACCGCAGGUCAGAAAGCGACGGGGGAACUUGCUAGCAACGCGUUGAACUGCAGCGCUGCAUUGUUCGAAGCGCUCGCUGAUAUCGACACGAAAUACGCGAAGAUCGCGGACAAGGAGUAUGACGGGAUCAGCGCGGAGGUUAAGAAGUGGUUCAAGCGACUGGCCAAGGAAGAGAAGGCCCACGACGAGCGGAUAGUCGCGGCAAAUGCAAGGAUCAAGCAGGCUGGUCAGGCCUACGAGAAGUCAGUGAAGAAGAACGCGCAAUAUGCAGGAGAGGAGCAUGCGCGCUACAUGCAGCUGAUCACCGCGCUGGGCCCAGAAGUCUCGCAGGAGAAAUACGAUCACGCUUUGCUCGUUACACAGAAGCAUACCACGACCACGUACAGCGUAGCAGCAUGCAUCGCUCGAGUAGCCGACGCGGAAUGGAUGAAAUCAUGCGAGAGCGUACGGAGGUUCUCUCCACAAAUCGGCAAGCUGUCUGAAUGGCGUGCCUACUGCGAAGGCGGUUGGACGGGUCCUAUACCUAGCGAUCUGCCUGACAUCGACGAAGACAAGGCACAGCCUGUCACGCAGAUGAACAACCUCCCGCCUCAGAGAGUGCAGGAAGGGCCCCUCACUCCUCAGCAGCAGCCAUCACCAAAUUUACCACCUACAGAACGCGAGGCUUCCCAAAUCACCGCAUCGCAAUCACCCCAGCGGUCCUCGCGACCUCCAGCAGCCGCGCCUUCGUCGUACGAUCGACCGCGUUCCUCAGCAGCUCCACCCUCAGCUUACGAGCCUCCGCGACCUCUCUAUGACCCAAACACCGGCUCUGUGCGCUCGCUAUCCGCAUUCCCAUCACCGCCAACACAUCUUCCUCCCUUACGGCAACAGCAGCCUUCGACCUCGCAGUCAAGCAACGGUUCUCAUGUAUCGUUCCCGCGAGCGCGGUUUACAGAGUCUCCCCUGCCAUCGCCGUCUACUGAAGAGCCUCCUGUCAGGCAGGUGUCUGCGGAAGACGCGCUGAGGCAGGCCAGUGCCGGUCAAGCUCCACCGUCCCCGCGGGUUGCGCCCGAACAGUUUCGCGAAUCAGACGCGGCUACCAGAACGCAGGCGGCCCCCCGCGCAAACCGUGAUCCUGCGCCGCAAGCGCAGGACCGAGGCCAAGGAUCCUUGCCUACUCCCACCGCCAGCACCCAUCAGGGGAGUGACGCAGAGCGUCAACGUCGCCACGACAGUGUUGACGAGAAUGGCGUACUCCGCGCCAAGUCGCCCAGUUCAUCUGGUGGCAAACCAAUGCCCGCGCUCGAACGCCAGGACACGUCGGGAAGCACCAGUAGCGUAGUUGCUGCCAUGCGCCAUAGGUACUCUCUGAAGGCUGGAAGCACAUCCCCACCACCGAAGGAGCCCAUCAAGAUACAAACGAAGGUCGCGGAUCUGGCCUCGCGCUAUAAAGGCUCUGAUGAGCCAGCGACGCCCCGCUCCCCUCGAGCUGCAUCUCCAACAUCGUCGAGGCCGCUACCUUCGCAGCCCUUCGACAUCGCUAUCCAAGCGCGCGCCGCCGAGGCUGCAUUCCGAACACCCACUUCGGAGAAGCCAAGUCCGCAAUUUGGAGCCGAAGCCCUGCGAUCGCCACCGCGGUCGGUGCCGACGACCAUCGAGGACGCGCGCAAGGACUACGUUCAGCCGUCGACUACCCCACGCCCGUCUUCAGAGCCGCCGGCGCAGCAGCUGGAACCGGACAUACGGGAGAAGGAGCAGCGGCUGGCGCAGCGGGAGCGCGAGAUUGAAGCGAAGGCGCGUGCGCUGGAGCGCGAGCGCGAGGAGCUUGCCAACUCGCAGCGGGAACGGCCCACUCAGCAACGUGAGGGGUAUGACGAGCGAGAAGGGUGGGCGGGGGUAGCACCUCGGCCGCGGCGGGCGUCGACGGCGAGCCCGUAUGCGGCUUCGCAAGGCAGCUAUCCCUCGCCGCCGAGCCCGUAUGCCCAACCUUCGCGACCCAUGUCGUCGUACAGCACGACGCAAUUGGCGCCGCCGAGCGGCCGCGACGACUACCGACCACGCAGCAGCGAAGACCAUCAGGGCGGUCGCCCGUACUCGCAGCCGCCGAAUGAGUACGCUCGCGGCUACCCGCACUCCCCGACCGACUCCCCGCGCACGCCGACCGACUACCCUCGCCCCUUGUCCAGCACGGGCGACUACGGGCAGCAGCCCUUCCCUAGCAUCCCCGCUGCCCACCGUGCGCCCAUCGGGAACACCAUCCGGCCGGACAAGCCCAAGGGUUGGAUCCGGCGGUUGAGCAUGCCCGUCGUUGGACGCAGCUCGAGCAGCCAGAGCCUCACGAAGCUGCUCGAUGGCGGGAAGCCGACGGGCGGGCAGGGGUUCGGAAAGCGCGGGGAGCUGGGCGCGGUGGCGGAGGAUGGGGUGCUCGGAGAGCGGAGGAGCUAUGACGUCCCGGGGAAUAGGAGCUACACCAAUCUGGCGAGGAGGUAAGAAUGGAUUCAGGACGCAGCGCGGGCGGCCAUCUCGGGGGGAGCUACCACGCAUGGGCGCCCUCUCCUUGGCGAUGACAUCGUCCAGCGGAUGAUAACGACACGAACGGAUGACGAUUUCACGACCUCGACGCUUUGCGAACUUGUAUACCCUCGAUCUUUCUUGGAUGCCCUGCUAAACAAGGGCUGUACUCUUCUAUGUUGUGUGCGUCUGCUGUUCUACUAUCGUAUGCGUAUCUAAACGGCGUUGAUACCUGGUUUUAGACCACUUCUUUGAUUGUCUUUGUACGAGCUUCCUGCGCUGCUAUGGACACCUUUGGACACCGAUGGUGUAUGGAUCCGGGUCUUGCGCCUCAAGCUUGCAUGAGACCUCGCGUCUAACUCCUCUGCAAUGGCGAAG